AUGAUAUCUCUCAAGCGCCAAACAUUGCUAAUUGACCUUGAUGAUGUAGUUUAUGAUGCAGAUUUUAUUCCAUUAGGCGUCUAUUUCGAUGUUAUUGAUCUCACUGCCGCAGAACUAAAUAUUUCGCCUGAUCUAGUUGAAGAAGCUUGCGAACCACCAAAAGGAUCUGGUGCUGUCGGAGUAUUUAAUUGGAUUCUAAGAAUAUGCGAGAACGAUCUAGAAAAUUAUUUACAAUUUUGUGAAUUAAUGUGCCAAAAGAUUGAUUAUUCCAAAGUUGAACGCGAUUAUCAUCUUUACGUACUUUUAUGUGCAGCUUCAAAGAAAUAUAACGUCUAUCUUGCAACAAAUAAUUGUCGGUCACAUGUUGAUCGUGUCUUAAGGAUGAGAUUCGGUAAAAAUGUCCGUAACGCGUGUAUUAAAUGUAUCGCCAUUGAAGAUACGUUUUAUGAUGGAAUGUUUCAUCCAAAAGAAGUACCUGGUAAUCUUUCAAUCUAUGCUAUGCUAGCCAAUACAGAACCACCUAAUUGCACAUUGUAUGAUGAUACUAUGGCCAAUCUAGAAUGUGCUCGAAGAAUUGGAAUGAAGACAUUAUAUAUUACAAAAACAUACUCUCUUACAAAAGCUCUAGAAGAACUUCUUCAAUAA